AUGCGUCUCUUCCUCGCGUCGUGCGUCCUCCUCGCCCUCGGCGCGGACCUCGUCGCCGCGGGCCCCGCGGCGUCGGCGUCGGCGUCGGCGCCGCCGAGAGACGGCGCGCGCCGCGGUCGCGGCCGAGCCCGCGGCCGCGCCGCGCCCGCGCAGAUCCUCCGCGACGCGGACGCGGACGCGGACGCGGACGCGGACGUCGUCGUCGCGCAGCAAGCCGCGGGGCCGGCGUCGUCGCCGACGCUCGCGACGCCUAUCUUCGACCCGACGACGCAGGACAUCGGCGACGCGAGCGCGUUCAUCGAGGACGCGCGCCGCCGCGCGGAGCGCAUCGCGAGCGACGAGGUCCGCGACGCGGUGAACGAUCUCUACGCGCCCAUCUUGGACCGCGACUACCCGGACGCCGGCGAAGGCGACGGCGACGGUUUCACGCCCCGAGGGUUCUCGAGGUGGCUCCGCCGCGGCCGCGAAGGCGACCGCGCGUCCUUCGGCCCUUCCCGGCCAGUCAUCGGCGAGAGCGUCGUCGACGCGCUCGAGCUGAGCGACGACAUCCUAUCCCUGACCGCGCCGGGCGCCGCGAGCGCGGCAGAGAGCGGGUUCGACGCGCUCGCGGAGGUGGCCGGCGACGCCGCCGCCGCGCCCGCCGCCGAGACUGAGAACGACCCUGACGCCGACCCCGCCGGGUUCGACCUCUCCGACCUCGCGACGACACAGCCGACGCCGUCCGAGCUGGAAGCGAUCGCGGGAAGCGCGCAGAUCGCGUCCAAGGUGGCCGCGGCGAUGAACAACGCCGCGACCGCGGCGUACCAGCGCGCCACGACGCCGGAGCAGCGCGCGGCGGUCAAGGACGCCGCCGCCUCCGCGGCCGCGGCAACGAUCCAAAAGACGCUCGAGAUGCAAGCGACCGCGCCGGUGGGUCGUUACGUCCCCGGCGAUUCCCAGUGGGGCGUCGACGCGACGUUCAAGGCGCGCGAGGUUUUGGACGCCGUGUAUCGCGCGCAGCGGGAACGCGCGUUCGGCGGCGACGGCGCGCGACGGAGCGGCGGCGGCGCGGGCGGCGAGCCUUCGUUUGACCGCGCUGGGGUGUAUAAUCCCGCGGGCGACGGCGACGCGUUCGUCGCCGAGGUGUGGAGGCAGAUGCGGCUCGGAAGAGAGAUGGAAGGCGAGGCGUGA